AUGAUAAUACAAGUAGCGAUUCUAACGAGUGAAUUCGGCAAAUCUCAGAAGAAGCAGAAAAUCAUUACAUUACACCAAAACAUCGACGGCGACGAGGUCAAUAGUAUGUCACCGCAAGACAGUGUGAAGAUAUAUGUCAAUGAAACUAGUGAUGAUGAAGAUGAUGAUGACAAACCAGUUCAGAAUAAUCAGAGACAGCUGAUAGUUAACACUCGCUUAAGAGCAAUGACAGAGGAAUAUUCCACGAUAUAUUUCCAAAAGAGUCACAUUUUGACGAAGUUAGGUCGUACCCCUUUGCUCAGGAAAACGGGAGAUGAACCAAUUUUCACCGUGUCUCGAAGAGGAGCGAAAUGCUUAUGGUUGCAAGGAUACAUGUUCCGUCGACAUUUGGACUCAGGAAUUAAGACCCGCUGGUAUUGCGCCACAGAUUACAAGUCUGGGUGUAAAGCAGUAUUAUUCACUGUUAACGAUACACUCGUUAAAGUUCAUAAUAUACAUAAUCAUAACCCCAAGUUGGUGUCAAAUUGA